AUGCCACCACCACCAGGACGUGGAUACGGAGGACCGCCACCCAGGGGUCCCGGAAUCGCCUACGGGCCACCACCGCCUCGCGUAAAUGUUGGCAUCAAUAUCGGUGGGCCACCACCUCCUCCGAUGGGAGUGGGCAUCGGUUUUGGGCCACCGCCGCCGCCAGCUGUGGUCAUCGGAGCACCACCUCCGCCACCCGUGGUCAUGAUGCCGCCCCCGAGGCCCACCGUGGUGGUGGGGGCCCAGCCACCGGUGGCCACUGUCUACGCCCAGCCCCAGGGAGAGGUUUUCUGCUGCACGAUUCUCUGAUGGCGUUGCGAAAAUGGAAAAUAGGAAAUGGAAAACUGUGCUUCUAAAUAGAAUUAUUAACUACGCCCUAAAAUAAGUGAAAUAAAAUAGUUUCGAUUUAGUCAAUUAAAGUUUUUACUCACAAAAAGUCUGUCAAAAGUUGUUAUACGUUUUAUUAUUCUUGAUUUAAAAAAAUAAUUGAAUGUGCUCACUGAAUGAAUAAAAUUAAUAAGGGUUCCCCUGAU